CCACUGCUCAGAGGUGGAUUGGUGGGAUGAUGUGGAAGUAUAGGAGGUCUCAAGGUGUUGAGUCUUUGCAUUCUAAGUGACACAGGGCAAUCAUAUUCUUAUACAGUUACUCCUGUAGUGUUAGAUAAUGAGACACAGAUAUUUUGGGAUGGUAGGGAGUUUUAACAAAGUAUACCUUAGUGUAUAAAAUUACUCUAUACAUAAUGGUACAGAUUCCAAUGCAAGUCAGCCUUCUAUUUUUUUUCUGGACCACCUGCAGAAGUCUCAUCUCUCAGCAGUCAUGAUUGAGAGUAAAUUAAAUGUAAAUAAAGUGUUACAUUUUAAUGAUGAACUGAGGGUGUAUUAGUGGCACAUGUGUGCUGUAAAAGGCACUAGUUAAUUACUCCCACCUGAGGGUCAUCUAUUCCAGCAUAUAAGAAGGCCUUUUACUCUCUCUGUCUCUCAGUUCUUCUGUGGGGUUUGAUCUCCAAUCUGAGCAAUGAAGUCUUUCCUGGGUCUGCGGCGGCUCCUUCUGCUUCUUUUCUUUAUGAGAACUUGGACUGAUGAUUGGGCAGCCUAUCGUCUGCAGUGCACCAAUCAUUGGUUCUAUCUCAGGAUUAAGGCCACGUUAUUCCCCAAUAUUUUUAUGGAACCUGAUGAAGUGUUUUUAGGAAUCGGCUGUCCCGUGAACACCGUCUGGCCAAACGAUGUCUAUGACUUUACCUACCGUACUUACUACUGCGGCAUUGUCAAUAAAGUUAUUGGUGAUGUCACUCUGCUUCAGACUAAACUUACAUAUAUCUCAAAAAACUCUACUGCACGAGCUGAGAUGCAUCUGUCCUGUGUGAUGCACAGUCGGUAUCCUCUUUUCUGUGAAGCUGAAAGUAAAGGAGAUUUCACUGGCAAUCCUCCUGAAUGGGAAGUAGAUAUGACAAUGCGCAGAAAUGAGCAAGCUGCUCCUGCAGUUCCACCAAACUUUUCUACAUCAAGUGAAGAGCCCCAGGGCUCUAGAACCAGCAAGCUUCAGCCUGCUGAAGAAUCUAGCUUCAUGGAUCAGAAGUUGUCACUUCUCCAUUUCUCCAGAGUGCACACAGUUUGAUGUCUUCUCUCAUCCAUUUUUUUAAAAGUGACUAAUUUGCAAUAAAAUGAUGUGCUAUCUUCAUAUAUUAUCAUUUUUAAAAGAUGUUCCUGCUUUUAGCUUAUCGAAUCUGAUUAAUGAAUAAAAAUUUUCCAUUAAUGCUGGUUCUAAUUUUUGAAGGACAAUGCUCAGUUAAGCACAAUGCUCAGUUAUUUUUUUCUUGAAAGUUUUUUUUACUAGAAUAUUUUACUUUUUGAGAAUUUCAUCUAUGUAUACAAUGUAUUUUGAUCAUAUUCAGCACCCUAUUCUUAACUUCUCCAACAUCCACCCUCCAAUCUCCUUAUGGCUUCCCAUCUUUGUCCUUAAAAAAACUAGUAAGUCUAAUUAGUGCUGCUCAUAUACUAAGGUGUGGAGCCUUCUACUGGAACUUGAUUGGCAUUCCAGAUGCCACACCCUUAAAACCUGAUGUUUUCUCCCCGAGAAAUGAUCAUUGGUCAAUAGCUCCUCAGUUAGGGGUGGAGGUUCCAGAACCCCUCCCGUCUCCGUGCUGGAAUGCUAACUGAUUUGAUGUUGUACAGGUUUUAUGGAGCUGCUGAGAGUCCAUGAGUAAGUACAACACUCCUGUCACGUCCAGAAGACACUGUUUCUGCCUGGUCCUUCCUGACCACUAUACACAGGGAAGACACCAGUCAGUGACUGACUGACUGGCCCUGUUGGAUCCACAUUACUUACAUCUUCCCUUUACCUUUGCUUCAAUUAGUUCCAUUUGAAUUUGACUUAAGUGGUGUAGGAACAGUGACCAGACAGUGAGGAUGGAGCAGAAUGGUGGUUAGACUCUGGAAUAUCAACCUCUUAGUAAUUCUAUAUUUUGAAAAGAGACUAACAUGGUUCAAAUGUAUAUUAGAGUUCAAUGUGCAGAGGGUCUAUCCUUCUGCAGGUCA